AGUUAUUCAGAAACCAAAAUGGCUCGGUUGUUUCAGACACCAAUAUUAUCCCUACUUGUUCUGCUUCCUCUUCUUGUUUCGUCUCAGAACAAUGGCUCUGUUCCACUCGGAUCGUCUCUUACUGCCCAAGAACCAUCCUCCACUCCAUGGCGCUCUCCUUCCGGUGAUUUCGCGUUAGGGUUUCGCAAGAUCGAAGGGAACAGCGACGGUUUCGUGCUCUCAAUAUGGUUCGACAAGAUUCCUGACAAAACCAUUGUCUGGUACGCGACCGUCGACGGUGGUAUUGUCCCUGAAGGAUCAAAGGUUACACUAACCGCAGAUCGCGGCCUUGUCCUAACGAGCCCUCAAGGUCGUCAGCUAUGGCGGUCGCAGGUUAUGACAGGUUCUGUUUCCCAUGCAUUCAUGGAAGAUACAGGUAAUUUCGUCCUCCAAAACGUAGAUUCAGAAGAUCUAUGGUCGAGUUUCAGUGAUCCUACAGACACGUUAUUGCCUACCCAGAUAAUGGAAUUGGGGGGAACUGUCUCGUCUCGUCGCUCGGAGACAGACUUCACAAAGGGAAGAUUCCAAUUACGGCUUCUAGGCGACGGAAAUCUUGUUCUCAACACUAUAAGCGCUGAUACGCUUGCGAACGCAGACACGUACGCUGCUUACUACAUAAGCAACACGUUUGAUCCUCAGAACUCGACGAACUCAGGCUUCCGCUUGAUGUUUAACGAGUCCGGUUACAUGUACAUUCUGAGAAGAAACAACUCAACAUUAGGGUUCAUCCCAGUUGAGAAUCUACUCCCCUCUAAAGACUACUACUACCGAGCAGUUUUACAUUUUGACGGAGUUUUCGCUCAGUACUAUUACCCGAGGCAGCAGACUAAUGAUGGUAAUGCAAGGAGUUGGUCGAUGCUUUGGUCUAAACCGGAUAAUAUAUGCGCGAAGCUCUUCGGAUCUGAUUUUGCAGAGAAUGAGAUUGGACGUCAAGCCUGCGGGUAUAACAACGUGUGCACGUUGGGUAAAGAACGGAGGCCGAUCUGCAAAUGCCCGGAAAAGUUCUCGUUGGUGGAUCCACAAGACGAGUACGGAGAUUGCAAGCCUGAUUUCGACGUUCAGACAUGUAACGGGUCGGAGGAUGAGUACGAGUUAGUAAGUUUACAAGGAACGAAUUUUCCGACAGGAGAUUACGAGCGAUAUAGAAACUAUGAUGAGGAAAGCUGUAAGUCUUCCUGUCUAAAGGAUUGCUUUUGCGCUGCGGUGAUACACGGCGGAAACCUCUGCUGGAAGAAGAAGUUUCCACUGUCUUAUGGAAUACACGACCCGAGCGGCAGUGGCAGUGCGUUUAUUAAGGUUCCAAUACGCGGAAACUUCAGGCGAGACGAGUACGUGAACUUUGAGGCUGAAGGAAAGAAAAACCGUGAUGGCUUGAUCAUCGGUGGUUCGGUUUUGAUAGGGGCCUUGGCGUUUGUAAAUUUCGUACUCGUUUACUUGUACAACAAGAAAAAGAAUGAUCUGAGAAACCCUAGAUGUGAUGCUCAUGCAGAGGUUGAGUCGAAUCUCCGAGUCUUUACAUACAAAGAGCUCAAAGAAGCUACAAGAGAGUUCAAAGAAGAGCUCGGGAGAGGAGCAUUCGGGAUCGUAUACAAGGGAGCUGUCAAGACCGCAGGUGUUGCUAUUUCCAUUGUCGUGGCUGUCAAGAAACUCGACCGAGUCGUUCAAGAAUCGGACAAGGAGUUCAAGAACGAAGUAAAGGUAAUAGCCAAAACCCACCACAAGAACCUGGUGAAACUCGUAGGUUUCUGCAACGAAGGACAGAACCGCCUCAUCGUAUACGAGUUCUUGCCUUACGGAACACUCGCAAGCUUCCUCUUCUCGCGCCCAAGGCCAAAUUGGAGGGAGAGAAGGAGAAUGGCCAUGGAAAUAGCUCGGGGAAUAGUGUAUCUGCAUGAAGAAUGCAACGAGCAGAUCGUACACUGCGACAUCAAGCCUCAAAACAUAUUGUUGGAUGAGUAUUACGGUGCCAAAAUCUCUGAUUUCGGACUUGCCAAAACCCUAAUGAUGAAUCAGACGCAUACCCAGACGAACAUCCGAGGAACCAAAGGCUACGUCGCACCAGAGUGGUUCAGAAACAGCCCCAUUACAGCGAAAGUCGAUGUUUACAGCUUCGGAGUGAUGAUUCUUGAAAUAGUUUGCUGCAAGAAGGCCGUUGAUUUGGAGGAUAACGUGAUUCUGACAGAUUGGGUGUACGACUGUUUUAGAGAAGACAAGCUUAUUGAUCUGAUCGAGGAAGAUGUCGAGGCCAUUCAAGACAUGGAGACAGUGGCGAGAUACGUGAGAACAUCGAUUUGGUGCAUACAAGAAGAGAGCGGGAUGAGACCGAACAUGAGACAAGUUGCUCAUAUGCUUGAAGGCGUGUCUGAAGUGCCUGUUCCUCCCAACCCUUCUCCUUACUAUAGCGCUUUUCACUCUAUUAAAGAAUAAGGGAUGUUAGAACAUUAGUUUGUUGAGAUCGUUAGUAUUUU